AUGCCUUCAGAAAUGAAACCUGCCACAAGAAAUUUGGAUGUUCUCCUGACCUUGUGGACAUUUUUGCGUCUCUUUAUGGCUGGUUAUGGUGCUGAAAGUGAAAUCUAUUGCUUGCAAACCAUCAAGAAAUUGGACCCGUUUGGUCACUUCUCUAGCUGGGAUUUCGAGAGCAUCACUGAAGGUGAAAUAUGCCGAUUUAGCGGUGUGGAAUGCUGGAAUUAUGUGGAAGAUACAGUAAUCGGUCUUUCGCUUUCUAAUAUGGGGUUGAAGGGCCAGUUUCCUCUUUGCAUUGAAAAUUUCACAUGGUUGCAGACUCUGAACCUCUCACACAACGAGCUUUUUGGAUAUAUCCCAUCAGAUAUAUCAACAAAGCUUCCACAUCUGACCUUACUUGAUCUCUCAAGCAACAAUUUCAAUGGUGAGAUUCCAAAGGGUAUAGCCAAAUUGUCAGGCUUAAUUACUCUUAGACUUGAUGGCAACCAGUUAACUGGCCAAAUCCCACAAGAACUUGGGUUGCUUCCCAGGCUUGGAGAUUUUAGUGUUGCAAACAACUUGUUAGAAGGGCCAGUGCCUGUUUUUGUCAGCAAUGUUAAUGUGAGUUUGAGCUAUGCCAACAAUAUUGGACUCUGUGGGGGAGCACUACUAGAAAGCUGUGAUGAGAGCUUGUUUGGUAGAUCGUUUUGGUAUAGUUUUAUUAUUGGUUUUGUUUCUUCAGCAACGUGUGUCCUAGUUGCUUUCAUAUACUAUUAUGCACCCUGGACAGAAUUCAAAAAGAGAAGUAACGCUGUACAUCCUUUAAGAAACAAUCAGAACCACCAAAAAAACACUAGACAAGAAACUCUGGCCCUGCAAGAGCAAGCAAGCAAAGAGCUAUCAAGAUCGUUGGAGAGAUUGAUUCCUAAAAUGAGCUUCGUGGAAUUAUGCAAGGCAACUGAUUACUUUAGCCCAGAUAACGUGUUGGGGAUAGGAACGACAGGGAUUAUGUACAAGGCAAAGGUACCAAAUAACUGUUUUCUGGCAGUGAAGAGACUAUACGAUGCUGAGAAGUACAAGAGGGAAUUCCUACUUGAAACAAUGAUUACAGGGAGACACAGGCACACAAACAUGGUUCCACUGCUUGGAUUCUGCAUAGAAAAAAAUGAAAGGAUUUUGGUGUACAAGUACAUGUCUAAUGGAAGGCUCAGUGAUUGGCUACAUUCUGAUGAAGGACACCAAGCAGUAAAAUUAGAAUGGCCAAUGAGAAUUCACAUUGCAAUUGGGCUUUCAAGAGGUUUAUCUUGGCUCCAUAAAAGGUGCAAGAUAGUUCAUCUCAAUUUAGACUCAGAGUGUGUCUUGCUGGACCAGAAUUUUGGGCCAAAAAUUUCCAAUUUUGGCAAGGCAAAGUUCCUACACCAGACGGUUGAAGAUCAUGUGAGGAUCAAAUUGUUUUUGAUUGGUGGACUUGGGGUGAAGGGUUCUGCUGAGAAGGAUGUGUAUGACUUUGGAAUGAUCCUUUUUGAACUCAUAACAGGGAAAAGAUUAAGUCCAAUGACUGAUUCUUCUGACAGUGUUAAUGGGCAUUUGGUGAACUAUAUCAGUAACAACUUGUUCACUGGUCCUGUUGACUUUUAUGAUGCCAUUGACCAAUCUUUGAUUGGGACGGGUUUUGAUGAUAAAAUCCAUCGUCUACUCGAAGUUGCAUGUGACUGUGUUAAGGCGUCUUCAAAGCAAAGGCCAAAGAUGGUUGAUGUGCACAAAAGUUUAAGAGCACUGUGGGAGGGCUAUAAACCUUGUUUUGGUUCUGAGAAUCUGAUACCUUAUGGCCAGAUAACAUGUAUUUGUCGAAAUUAAAUGACUUACUUAUCGCAUAGUUUAGGAUAAUGAAAUGUAAAUGACAUGCUUUUUUGAUUAAAUA